AGUGGCACAGUAGUAAUGGCAAAGCUUGAUGAUUGUGCACUGCAACUGUCUCACAAUGGAACCUAUUUGGAUUUAGAGUCUACACUAGCUGAGCAGAAGGAUGAGUUGGAAGGUUUCCAGGAGGAUUCUGGGAGGAGCAAAAAACACAGUAUAAUUCUGAGAACCCAGCUGUCGGUCAGAGUCCAUGCUUGUAUCGAAAAACUCUACAACUCAAAUGGUCGGGAGUUGAGGCGGGCCCUCUUCUCCUUGAAACAAAUAUUUCAAGAUGACAAGGAUUUGGUUCAUGAAUUUGUUGUGGCAGAGGGCCUCACUUGUUUAAUAAAAGUGGGAGCUGAGGCGGACCAGAACUAUCAGAAUUACAUCUUGAGAGCUCUGGGACAAAUUAUGCUGUAUGUAGAUGGGAUGAAUGGUGUAAUAAAUCAUAACGAAACAAUCCAGUGGCUGUAUACUCUCAUUGGGUCAAAGUUUCGCCUGGUUGUGAAGACAGCACUGAAACUACUCCUUGUUUUUGUGGAGUACAUUGAAUCCAAUGCACCACUCCUCAUCCAAGCAGUGUCCAUAGUAGAUGGAAAGAGGGACCUCAAGCCAUGGUCCAACAUCAUGGAGAUUCUGGAGGAAAAGGAUGGAGUUGACACAGAACUUCUAGUUUAUGCAAUGACUUUAGUAAACAAGACAUUGUCUGGCUUGCCAGACCAGGAUGCCUUCUAUGAUGUAGUUGACUGUCUGGAAGAACUGGGGAUGGAAAUUAUUUCCCAGAGACACUUGAACAAGAAAGGAGCAGACUUGGACUUAGUAGAGCAGUUCAACAUUUAUGAGAUGACACUGCGUCAUGAGGAUGGGGAUGACAAUGGUGAACCUCCUCCUAGUGGCCGCAAAGAUCGAAGAAGGGCCAGUCUCGGCUGCAAUGAACGAAGGUGGCUCGAACGUCGGAGGAGCCGGAGGCAUUCUGCCCAGAACUCCAAAAGCACUUUAUCGGCACCUGCUAGCCCUUGCACUCAGGGCAACUUCAUGUGUGGCCAUGGGCAGGGAAGUGAAGAUCUCAGUGAGAGAGAGGAGGAGUAUGAAGAGGAGGAAGAGGAGCAGCCAGUCACAGAGCCUAAUACAGAGGAUGAGGGGGAGGAAGAGACUACUAGGCAGGUCAAAGCCAGUGAGCUCCCAGAAGUACAGGUUGUUAAAUAUGGUUCACAGAGUUCUGAGACUUCAGCCACCUCAAGUGUACUUUCUCAGGAUGAGAGACCUCCAAUGACUUUUAGGACCCAAAGUCCAUCCAGGAGUUCAUCAUCUUCCGUGCCUGAUUCAUUUGCUUCUCAUCAUUAUACUCUCUAUUCAUCAGCUUCCUCAUCUGCAUCCAUCAGCGCUUCCCUAAAUACAUCGUCGCUUACUCCAAAAGUGUCUCCAACGGCUGAAAAAUUACCUUAUGUACCACAUAGUCCCUUUCACCUCUUCUCCUAUGAUCUUGAAGAGCCUCCAACAACUGUGAAAGAAAAAGAAGCAGAUGGGAUGAGGGAACACAGUCCUUUGGAGUACCUGCAUGUGAACAAAUUUUCUGAAUCAUUCGAUCCUUUUAAUUUCCGAUCUUUGUCUUCUUCUAGGCCAUCCUUGGGUGGUCUUCUUACAUCAUCCUAUCGACAGCACCAAGAAUCCUUGGCAGCAGAAAGAGAGAGGAGACGACAAGAGAGAGAAGAGAGGUUGCAAAGGAUAGAACGUGAAGAGAGAAACAAAUUCAAUCGUAAUUAUCUAGACAAGAGAGAAGAGCUAAGACAAGCAAGAGAAGAGAGAUACAAAUACUUGGAGAAAUUGGCAGCUGAAGAAUAUGAGAAGGAGCUAAGAAGCCGGAGUUUAUGUAGGGGCAGAAGUGACUUGUCUUUGAAUUUGGGCUCUCCUUCAUCCACAACUGCACUCAGUCCCCAGUGUGCAAGUCCAGCCUCGACAGAUUCUCAGGAGGAACUAAAGACUCCUGUGACAGUGUUCAAAACACCACAGACCCCAGGAGUGAGUGCCAGUGAACCUGAAUGUGAACCAGAACCUGAGCCAGAGGCAGAAAAAAAAAGAGAGCAGAAAGAUGAGGCAGAAUUUGAGCAGGGAACAGAAACUCCCCAAGAAGUAAAGAUUGCAGAGGUGGAGCCAGAGAGUGAAGUGGAGCAAGGACCAGAGCAAGAGACAGAAGAAGGUGCACUGCUCAGUGAAAAAGAGAGGCAGAAUGAAGAUGUGAACGAAAAAGACAACUGCUCUGCAUCAAGCAUAUCCUCGGCAAGCAGCACUUUAGAGAGGGAGGAAAGGGAGGAAAAAAUAACCAGUAACAAUAAAACUGAUCCAUGGUUACAGACCAUUCAAGAUGUUGGUGUGAAUGAUCAGUGCAGCAACAUUCUCAACAACAAGCGGUUCAUGCUGGACAUGUUGUAUGCCCAUAACAAGAAGCCCAAGGAUGAAACAGAUAAAGAGCUGGAGGAGAAGACGGAGGAAAAGGACGUGACAGAGGCAAACGAAGACACUCUCAGUAGCCUGGCCAGCAGGAUCUCAGUCUUACAGGCCACAAAGCAGGCCAAAGAUGAAAGUGUCAAAAAAAUGGAACUUGGGAAUUUGGACAAUCAAGGCAGUGUGAAAGCCUUUGCAGAAAGAUUCAACAACAGCGAGGUGGGCAAGACCACAAACUUUCCUGAAAGUGGCUUUAUUGAAAAGGCCAAUGAAAAAACACCAAACCAGGCUAAAAAGGAAUCUGAUUAUAUUUGGGAUCAACUCAUGGCCAAUCCAAGGGAACUUAAAAUCAAAGACAUGGAUUUUACAGACUUAAGGGAUGAGGAUGACGUUGAUGUAUUAGAUAUGGAAAUACAUCCUAGUGACUCCUUAGCUGCUCCUCCUCCACCACCACCAUCCUUUUUAGGUUUGCCGCCUCCACCUCCUCCCUUGUUUUAUGGAUGCCCCCCUCCACCCCCACCCUCCAGUAAUUUAUUGGCUCCCCCUCCUAUUUUUGGCACUAUUCAGGGUUUAGGGUCACCCCCACUUCCUAGAGGACAACCUGCCUUUGUAAAAAAGAAGAAAACCAUCCGCCUGUUUUGGAAUGAGGUGAGGCCAUUUGAGUGGCAAUGUAAGAAUAACAAAUUUUGCAAAGGAUUCCUGUGGUCGAAACUGGAGCCUAUUAAGGUGGAUACUUCCAAACUAGAGCACCUCUUUGAGUCUAAAUCCAAGGAACUUCCUGUCACAAAGAAAACUGCUGCAGAUGGCAAAAGGCAGGAGAUCAUUGUGUUGGAUUCCAAGCGGAGCAAUGCCAUCAAUAUUGGGCUGACAGUAUUACCCCCUCCAAGGACGAUCAAGACUGCAAUUUUAAACUUUGACGAAUAUGCCUUAAAUAAAGAAGGAAUAGAGAAAAUUCUCACAAUGAUUCCCACUGAAGAGGAGAAGCAGAAAAUUCAGGAAGCUCAGUUAGCCAACCCUGAUACCCCACUGGGCACUGCUGAGCAGUUUCUCCUGACUCUUUCUUCCAUCACUGAACUUACUCCUAGACUUCAACUCUGGGCAUUCAAAAUGGAUUAUGAGCUUGUGGAAAAGGAAGUUGCAGAACCACUUUUGGACUUGAAGGAAGGAAUGGACCAGCUAGAGAACAAUAAAACCUUGGGAUUUAUUCUUUCUACUCUACUAGCCAUUGGAAAUUUUCUCAAUGGAACCAAUGCCAAAGCUUUUGAACUGAGCUACCUCGAGAAGGUUCCAGAAGUCAAGGAUACAGUGCACAAGCAGUCUCUUCUACAUCAUGUCUGCACAAUAGUGGUGGAAAAGUUUCCAGACAGCACAGACCUUUAUUCUGAGAUUGGGGCCAUUACCCGAUCAGCAAAGGUUGACUUUGAACAACUUCGGGACAAUUUGUGUCAAAUGGAGAAACGAUGCAAAGCAUCAUGGGAUCACCUGAAGGCCAUAGCAAAGUAUGAAAUGAAAUCAGCAUUAAAACAAAAAAUGUCUGAAUUUCUUAAGGACUGUGCAGAAAGAAUAAUAAUAUUAAAGAUUGUUCAUAGAAGAAUAAUUAACAGGUUCCACGCUUUCUUGUUAUUUAUGGGUUAUCCUCCUUAUGCAAUACGUGAAGUCAACAUCAAUAAGUUCUGCAAAAUUAUUAGUGAAUUUGCUCUGGAGUAUCGCACCACCAGGGAACGGGUUUUGCAGCAGAAGCAGAAGCGAGCCAACCACAGAGAAAGAAACAAAACUAGAGGGAAAAUGAUCACAGAUACUGAUGAAGAAGAUGACAAUGAGUCUGGGAAAUUCUCCAGCAGUUCCCCUGCACCACAGAACCAACCGCAAGGGCUGCAGUAUGCUGAAGAUGCUGAAGAACAUGAGAACAUGAAAGCUGUCCUGAAGAUAUCAUCUCCAGGCGGGGAGAACACUACCGUGUUAGGAGUGCGCACUCGAAGCCGAGCCAAUCGAGGUCGUAUUGGUUCAUGGAACACUGGCAAUGAUGAUUCACCUAAUGCUACAGAUGACACAGCAGACGAGAUAAUGGACCGCAUUGUCAAGUCUGCCACACAAGUGCCAAAUCAGCGAGCUGUGCCUAGAGAAAGGAAACGAUCAAGAGCAAACAGAAAAUCAUUGAGGCGGACACUUAAGAGUGGACUGACACCAGAAGAAGCCAAAGCACUGGGUCUGAUGGGCACUUCUGAGAUGCAGGUGUGAUGACAGCACCCAAGUGAACUACAGGAAGAACCAUCGGUAUACCGUAUACCACACAGACACACACAUAUACACAUACAUACACAGCCACACACACCAACACAACCUACAUUAGCCUUUUGGCUUAGCAUUCUCCUGCUACUUCUCCCAGCUGUUCAUCAUACCCCACCAUUUUCAUAACACUGAAACAGAGGUGGAAAAGUAAUCAGUACAAAGGGCUAAAAUUAAGACACAUGUAACUUACCACUAUCAAAUUAAGCCAGUGUUGGGAAUGUUUUGGAAAUCAUCAUACUGCAUUGAUGUGGUCUUUGAUGUUAUCUUGUUUUGUGUGAAAGGUGUUUAUGUUUAUUUUCCUUGUGGCCUGUAUAGUAAUUGUUAAGUAAUAUGUUUUGUCAGUUCAAGGGCAGUCCUUUAAACCGGCAAGCUCACUUCUGCUACCAUUGCUAUGGUUUUUCUAAAGUCAAAUAGAAAUGCACCAUUGUUUUUAUCUUUCCUCCAAAGAAUGUAUAAAUGUAUGUCUACUUGUGUAUAUACUGCCUGAGCAUAUUUGUGUGUACACACCUAUCGGCACACACACACGCAUCCCUACUGAGUCCAGUUGCCAUCAACCUUCACUCAACCUGUCCUGCAACAAGGGAAAUCCUUUGCUCUUUUAUGGUGGAAUUCUGCUAGGUUGGUUUUCUGCUGGGGCCUCUCUCAAACAUGUAAUAUGCACAUUGUGCAUAAUGACACAUGUGCAUAGUCACAGCACAGAGUACCUCCGGUCAUUCAGUUCAAGAGAUGAAGGUGUGUAUGAAUUAUAGCAGUCUACCUGAAAGUAGCCAGAGUCAAAAUAGGGUUUGUUGUUAAGGUACCCAUUAGACUGCUUUUCUAAUCUGACGUAACAAAGUUUACAAGUGUUAGUACAUGUGAAUGAAUAACAUAUGGCUUAAACUCUCUUUCAAUGACAUUUUCCCUGUGAGUGCAAUCCACAGCAGAGGAAAUAACCGUUGUGGACAUGGAUGCUGAUCUCCGUCCCCAAAUGUUAAGUAUCCAUAGACUUCCUUUCUAAAGCCAGUGAACUGUAGUUUGAAGAAUGUAUUUUAAAGAAGCCUCUUACGCAUAUUUCCACAGCUUGCAUUGAUCAGCUCUUCCACUUUCACGAGAAAAACAUCCAGCUUGUAAAAUCUGAAGAAUGGAAUAUAUUCAUUGCAAUGUUUGGGGUUUCACAAAGAGUGGUACAGAAGGGAGGAUUUUUUUUAUACUAAAACAUACCUCUAAGCUAGUGGUACUAAAGAAGACAUAAUGAAUGCAUCACUGUUAACCAUACCAUCCAAUUGCUUGGCGCCUUUUCAUGAGAAUGUUCUACAUUAUUCUGGAAGAUUCCAGUCUCGAUCUUUGUACAGAAAACCAAAAUACUAAACAUGUAAGAAAAUAGCAUGAGAAGUUCCAGCACUCUAUAACUUGAAUCUCCAUUUUGUCCUAUAGUUUACUUUUAAUUGCCUCCUUUAUAGGGAUACUUGUCUUUUAUAUGUAAAAUUAACUGUGAGCUCCCAGACAAUGUGUCCCUCAAUAUUUGACGCUCUGUUUAGUCAGGAUUCAAUCCUAGACUUGUCUGAUUAGAAGCAAGUCCCACUGCAGUAAGGCUUAUUCCCAGGUAAAUAGGUAUAUAUGAUUGCAGCUUUAGUGGUUCCAAAAUGCUAUGGAAAUCAUUUGUUGAUAUGGCUAGUCAGCAUAUGUUUUUCAUUAAGGAGACAAAGACAUUGGCCAGUAAAGGACAGAAAGUUAUAUUUAUUUUUGUUUUAUUUACUUCAAGAUGAUACGAUAAGGCUUUGGCAUUGGGUUUCUAACUCCUGCCUGUCAGAAACAUUUUGCUAUCUCCCUUGCAUUAUACAGCAAUGAAUUAUUCCAAAUUUCCAAAGUGAUAUAUUUAAGGGAAAGAGUCCACCCACCAAAAACACCACAAUUGUUACUGUUGGCUGGAUGAAUGUUUACAGUUAAUAUAUCCACCAUAUAGAUGGGACUGGGGUAGAAAUCCCAUCCCAAACUGUUGUAUUGCACAUUGCCAUUAUAUUAGAUGAUAAAGCUUUAUAUCCCACCAUUCAAUGAAAUGCUCAGGGCAGCUUACAUAAAUGACAUAGGUGCAACAGACACUAAACUAGGCAGUGAGCUUUAGGGUUAGAUUUUUGUAUGUGUAGAACAUUUUAAUACCAAACUUGAUCUUCUUUGUUUUCAUUACAUCUAUUCCAGUGAAACAGGGAAUUCUCAGCCACCUAACAUAAAGGCCUAAAUCCUAUUGAUAGUUCCAGCUGUCAUAGACUCAUUAAAUCAAGAUGAUUUAUGUAAGUGUGGGCUCAUAACCCAACUUGUUGGUUGAGUGAAUCUAUCUAAUUGGGACUAACAGUUGGACUCAGACUUUGGACAAGACAGUCCAAAACAAUAGAAUGAUUAUACCUACACCCCAAAGGAGAGCUGUCGUCUUUUUAUUUAUUCUUGACAAAUAAAACAAUCUCAAAUAUUUAUCUAAGAUGCUGUUGUUCCUUAUGAUUAUGAUGCAAAGUAAGUGACAAUCCACACAGGGUUUUGUUUUGUUUUUUAUUUGAAAUUUGUCCUCUCAUCCAGAAAAUCAGUAGAAAUUCAGUGGGUUUUUUUAAAAUCUAUAAUGAAAAUUUCAGCUUAGCCUUGUGUGUUUAUGUGCCUUCAAGAUGCCUUUCAACUUAUGACGACCCCAUGAAUGUCAUAGGGCAGUGAUGGUGAACCUUUUAGAGGCCGAGUGCCCAAACUGCAACCCAAAA